UUUUUUUUCUUCUAUCUCAUCUAUACAAGGACACUCAAAUCAGCGUCUUAGUCCACAGACUUUUAUCAAUUUUUGUAGAUAACAUUGGUGGCUGAGUCAUUCCUUCAUUGUCGCUUUCUUGAACCCUUGAGACAGUACUUGCAUUUGAUUCUUUGACUUUGGUGAAUUACCUGUGACUGGUAAUAGAUGGGGUCUGAAGGGCCAUCUCCUGUAGCUAUCCAUAUUACUGGUUUUAAGAAAUUUCAUGGAGUAGCGGAAAAUCCAACCGAAAUAAUUGUAAGUAAUCUUCAAGAUUAUAUGAAGAAAAAGGGUACUCCCAAAGGGCUUAUCCUCGGGAGUUGCAGUGUUCUUGAGACUGCGGGCCAGGGAGCACUGGUUCCUCUAUAUCAGACAUUACAGUCUGCUCUGAGAAACGAUGAAUCUGAGCCGUCACAUUCCAGGAGAGUUAUUUGGUUGCAUUUUGGAGUUAAUAGUGGCGCCUCAAAGUUUGCCAUAGAGCGCCAAGCUGUCAAUGAAGCUACCUUCCGAUGUGCAGAUGAGAUGGGAUGGAAGCCACAGAAAAUUCCCAUAGUUCCCAUGGAUGGUGCAAUUUCACGAAUAAGAGAGACUUCUUUUCCUGUCGAGGAGAUCACCAAAGCAUUGGCAAUGAUGGGCUAUGAAGUGACGACCUCCAAUGAUGCAGGCCGGUUUGUUUGCAACUAUGUUUACUAUCAUUCGUUGCGCUUUGCGGAGCAGUAUGGAAUAAAAUCACUAUUUGUACAUGUCCCCCUCUUCUCAACAAUAGAUGAGGAGACCCAAAUGCAGUUUGCUGCCUCUUUGUUAGAGGUACUUGCCUCAGUAUCCUAGUAUCUCUGCAGUGGUUGUCUUCUAAGUUAUAUCCAGUGUGGAAGUGCAUUUCUCCUUUUGUUCUUGGGUGUUUGUAUUAAGGUUGGUUUGGAUGAACAGUUUUAAAUGAAUGGAAGUCAUUUGUAAUUAAUGAUGAUUGGAUCUUA